UGUUUUCACAUAAGUUCAUCGCAUCACAGUCACUGAAGAGUCCUGCUGCUUUAAAUCAGAGCUUUGAUUCACUGGGACUCUGACACACGCAGCAGCAAAAAAAACAUUGCACACUGGAAAACUGUCAAGAAGAGACACAGUGAAAGAUCAUGACGACGCUGCUGGACCUGAAGAGUAGUGUGCUGAGGCAGGUGCAGAGGAGCCAGUCGCUGAGGAGCCGGAGGGAGCCACCGCCCACUGCCAGCAGCCCCCUCACACACUGCCCUGACCCCUUACCUCGCAGGAUUUCUGAGGAGAGUGUGUCGUUCUUUGAGCGUACGAAUGCCAUCCUGCAGAAACAAGAGAACAUGCUGCGGGCUGCCCAGGCUGAGUGCCAAAGAGGAGCCUGCACAGUGCCGCCUCCCCAGGAGCAUGUGGACCAGGCCUUUAUUCCCGACAGGAUCAGCAGGACAGAGCUGGACCUGCUUUACGAGGAAGCUGUGUACACGGUGGUCAACCGAGUGGGAGUGCCUUCACCAGAACAAGUGAAUAGUGACGAAGAGCUGUUUGCUUACCUCCUUAAGGUGUUUGAUAUGGGCGAGGAGGAACAGGAUAUCAUCCUCCAAAAAGUCCAAGAAUCCAAGCAAGCAAGUUUCUCUUUGAGAGUUUCUGUGAUGAAAGCAAAGAACCUGAUGGCCAAGGAUGCAAACGGGUACAGCGACCCUUACUGCAUGCUGGGAAUUCUGAUGGGCCAGAGCCCACGGGAGACCGAGGAGAAGAAGGAGAGAAAGUUCAGCUUCAGGAAGAGGAAGGAGAAGCUGGAAAAACGCUCCAGCACCAAGGAGGUGUUACCUGCCAGGUGUAUCCAGGUUACUGAGGUUAAACCGGAGACUCUUAAUCCUGUCUGGGAUGAGCACUUUGUUUUUGAAAUAGAUGAUGUCCACAAUGACCUGUUGCAUCUGGAUAUAUGGGAUCAUGAUGAUGAUGUGUCUGUUGCUGAGGCCUGCAAAAAACUCAAUGAAGUCAGUGGACUUCGGGGAAUGGGCAGGUAUUUUAAGCAGAUAGCAAAGUCAGUGCGUUCCAACGGAUCUGCAUCAUCAGCCUCUGAGGACAAUGCCGAUGACUUCCUCGGAUGCAUCAACAUCCCAUUGAAUGAGAUCCCUGUUGCCGGCUAUGACACCUGGUUUAAGCUGGAGCCUCGAUCGAGUGCAUCUAAGGUUCAGGGAGAAUGUCACCUGAUGCUGAAGCUCUUUACCACCCAGAGAGACACAACUUUGUCUAAGAAAGACUCAAAUGUGUCCAUUCACAAAAAACUGCUGUGUCAAAUCGUGGAGUUUGAGCAUGCUCAUGUUAAGAGAGAGCCAUACAACUGGAACGGCCAGGUUACUCCUCCAGCCUGGACUGUACUGACUCACCAUGCUGUGCAGACUGAUCUCUCACCUAUCCAACAGGCCAUAAUUCGCUGGCAGUGCUACAGCAGCCACCAUCGAACCCAGAGGGUGUGCUACUCCCUGCUGCUGCGCCUCCUGAGGACCAUCGAUGCAGAAUGGGACCCUCCCACUGUGAGAGGAGACCUGGAGAGGCAGUUGUCAGACAGCUUCAGGCUGUACACAGAGCACUGCCUGUGCCUGAUGAAGAACAUGCGUCAGAUUUUCCCCUGCACCAGCGCUGCUGCCAUUACACGCUACGAGCUCAUGCUGAGGGGGAUUGGCUACAUGCAAAACAUGCGGGCGUUUAAGAGUGUAUGUCCUCUUCGAAAUGAACUGCAUUUGGAUAUCACCACUGCUGUCAAGAAAGGUACAGCAGAGUGGUAUGAGAGCUUAAUUGCACGAUAUAAACCAGAGGAUGGGAAUCUGGAGGAGCAGCUGAAGAGGCUGGUCCUUGUGGUUGAUGAUGUAUGUGCAGACGUACAGAGAGCCCAGAACAUCUACAACAAACUCUUCUACAGUGCAGUGAAAGUGGAUUUCUUCAGCAUAGCAUACAGGCAGUUGGAGAAACUGGUAGCUGAUGAUGUAAAUGUAGCAAUGGAGCGAGUGUGUGGGACUCUGGAGCAGGAGAGCUCCAGACUGACUCAGAUAAUGGGAGAGACCAUCUUUGAGCUCUUCAUGUCCUUGAAAAUCCUCAAGGGCUUCCGGGAGUUUCUUCCUCUCAAGGAUGCUAAAAUGUUGGCCUUGACUGGCUUUCAUAACUGGUUCAAGUCCUCCAUUCAUAAGUGGCUACAGAUUGUUCAUGACAGGUCAUGUGACAGGAUCUGCAAAGCAGUGGAAACAGACAAGAUCGAACCUGUGCAGCAGGCCAAACACAGCUCCUCAGCAGCGGAAGUGACAACAUGCUUCAGCCAGGUGCGCGAGAUCUGGCUCCAGCUGGCCUGGCCAGACUCUGCGGGGGCCUUCAUCUUUGUCACUCGUUUGACAGACAAUUUCUGCAGUGAGGCUGUGUCCUACUCAGAGAUGAUAACACGCAAGAUUGAGAGGAACCAGCAGGGCCGAGACCACAAGAGCUUCACAGUGCAGCUCUGCAUUGCCCUGAACAACACAGAGCAUGUGCGCGUUUUCCUGGGUCACCUGCCUCGUGACCUGGACUGGCCGGGUGUGGAACGUGCCAUGGAGGAGUCCUGCGGGGCCGAGGGGAAGGACCAGGUUUACAAGGCUCUCAACGGGCAGCUCUUCAACAUGGACCUGGACCUGCAGAGAGAAGCCAAGCGCCUCAUCACGCUGCUUACUGACAAGAUGCUGCCUGAGCUGCGUCGGUACAUCCAGCACAUCAGUCUGUCCCCAGACUCCAUCAACAAUGACGACGCUGUGGCACCACUUAUGAAGUACUUACAAGACACUAUGGUCGUCCUAACUGAAACCCUUGUGAAGGAGAAUCUCAGCAGAGUUCUCCAAAGCAUGUGGGAGCUGCUCCUGCGGAUGAUCCUGGACACAGUAACAGAAAACAGGGGUGUUCAGGUGGAGUUUUAUAACCGCUUCCAGUACACUGUGGAGACUCUGUUGCAAUUCUUGCACGCCAAAGGAGACGGGCUUUCCCUGGAAGACAUGAAGAGUGGAGACUACAAGGCCCUGGACGAGGAGCUCAGGCUGAACAAAUGUUCCUCCUUUGAGCUGAUUGAACAGUAUUAUCUGGAGAAGAUUUCCCAACAGAAAACACUCAAACAUACCCGUUACGGCCGGAUCAGUGUGAAGUGCUACUAUGAUGCUCCAGAGCAGAGACUUACAGUGGAGAUUCUGCACGCUGCAGAUAUAAUCGCUUUGGAUGCCAAUGGUCUGAGUGACCCAUUUGUCAUAGUAGAGCUCUGUCCUCACCACCUCUUCCCCAUGGCAAAGAGUCAACGCACACAAGUGAAACUUAAGACACUGCAUCCAGUGUUCGAUGAGCUCUUUCACUUCCAUGUGAGCCCUGAACAGUACAGACACCGAUUCGCUUGCUUGACCUUCACUGUGAUGGACUACGAUUGGCUUUCCACCAACGACUUCGCCGGUGAAGCUGUGGCUCCUCUCAGCGACUUCUGUUGGCCUGGCAGACCAAACGCCUCAGCAGCUGGCAAGAGCGUCCAGCCAGCCAUUCUCCACCUGUCUCGCAGUAAACCGAGUGAGAAGCCAAUCAUGAGGAUGCUGGACGCUCGCGUCGGAGACAAAGAGGCUCAGGAGUUUGUCCGCAGGCUGAAGGAGAUUGAGAAGUCAAUGGAGGAGGAGUAAAAGCUAUCAGCGCUGCCUGUAUUGGUGUUUCCUGACCACGUCUUACAAUAUGUGCUUUUGUACUGGUAUGAUGUUUACAAUAUUUUAUUUUGAUUUUUACAAUAUUGGAUGUUAUUGUUUGUUCAGUAAUUAUACCAAAAUGAAAAAGAAAAGAAAAAGGAAAACAGUGAAGCAUAUCAUUGUUUUUCUAACUGGGAGAUGAACAUCCUGUCACUGUGCAACCCUAUGCUGUCUCAGUUAAACUCUAUUUUAGAAAUUAAUGGAUAGUUGAUCCUAAAUGUUACUAGUCUAUAUUUUUUUGUAAUGAGGUUAUUGUUAUCUUUGUUGUAUGAUCUUUGAUAUGAUAGAUUUAACAUGUCAGAACUAUUUUGUGGAAGUAGCUUAUAUAUCCAAUAGUAUUCAGUCAAAGUCUAAAUCUAUACCUCAGAUAUGCUCAUUAGUUGCAGGGGAGUUCAACAGGUCUUGAAUCUUUUCACAUCCCUAACAGACAUUGUGGAUAUAAAUUGUGUGAAGGCUCAUUUAGAAUGUGACAGAUGGAUUAGAUGUGAUUGAUUUUCCCAGAUCAUACACUAUAAAUGAAAAUACCUAUGUCACGAAGGAAAUCAUGAAGACACAACACAUCGCUUUGGGGAAUUACACUUUGUGAGAUUUGGUGUUUUAAGGCCAGUCAGACAGAUCAGUAGCAGAGAGGCCUAACACUCCCCUGAGGCACACGCCACUGCUCUGGUUCAUUCGACUUUUCAGAUUGCUCUUCACGAAGCCCGUGAUGGGUCAUUAAAGAGGUCAAAGACAGUGCUGUCGUGCUGUAGUGGUGGGAAGACCAAUUCUUUUAACUCACUUCCUUCUUGCCGGUUGACUGCAGUGAGUCAACAUCUCUGCAGACUUGUAUGUGACAUUUUUGUCCAGAAACAGAACACUACACGUGUUGUGGGAAAUCAGUUAAACAGGUUCAUUUAUAGAACUAAUAGCCCAGUGAGGAAAUAACACACAUUUGUGUUGCUUUAAAUCAGCCUGAAUUGAUGUGCUGUAGACUGAACAAUUAAUGAGCACCUAAUCCAUAUGUUAGCAACUGAAGUGAUAAAGAAAUUCAAACAUACAGCUGCAACCUGAAAUAAUAACCCUGCACACAAACAAUUUAACAUCCUUUAAUGAGAAAUGGGUUUUGCCUGUACUUUUUAUUUCACUGCAACAUUUCAUGCCAUGAUUGCCAAAAUAGUCCGACAAAUAUCGUACUUAUUUUUCUGAUUUCAACAUUUAUGUUGGUUUGUUGAAACAAGAACACAGACGAGCUGAAGUUGAACAUACAGAUGUAUUGAUUUGCUUCAUAAUGUUGCUUAAGUUGUGAAAUGACUGACUUGUUUUUCCUUAUUGGGGAGCAGUAGCUAUAUUAAGAACAAUUCAUACUUUCAUGGUUGUGGGCACACACAAGGAGACCCUGCUGCCUGAUAAUUGAAAGGAACGAAAUACCUCAUGUUUCCCCUAAAGAUAACACAGUGUGAGGCACAGUGUGUGCCCUUAUGUCCACAUGGUACAGCUUCAAAAAAUGUUAUUAGGAGAAACCCAGCUAAUUGCAGCUAAUGAGCUCAUGUAGCGUUCAGAAAAUUCUGAAAACAGCCAUCAAACAUGGCAAAGCCUUUAUUAUCCCAGCAUCAAAUCAAUGGAAGCUCAUCACAGGUGUUCCACAAGGACCAACAUUUGAGUUUGAGUCUCAGUGUGAGACCUAAUCUCUUGAGGUAACAAAUGAAGAAAAGCAUAAUGAACCUGUGCAGUGGCAUAAUUAUACAUAUGGGGUGAUGCCAGCCCUGUGUGCCUGCUGCUCAAGGGACAGGCAUGACUCCCAUUCUGACCAGGUCUCUGAAGUUAUGUGUGAUUGAUAGGUUAGGAUUUGAAUGUUUUCUUCCAGAAAAUAUACAAUUAUUAUAUUGUAAAGAACAACACAUCUUUAUGCAAUUGACACUUGACUGGACAACUCAGAAAGCACAAAUUCUAGCAAACGCUUAAUAAUGAAGUAGCUUAGAUUUACUCUCAUAGUAGUGGUGACCUAGCAAGCUAAUAACAACAUAGCAAGUUGAAGGGCUGGUUUCCUUUGAUUUAAUCAGGAGAAGUCUUAUAAGCCUUAUAAAGUGACUUUCUAAAACGUAUUCAAUUUUACGUAUUGACUAAGAAGUCCUGGACCAACUAGAUUAAUUUCAUUCACCUGUAUUAGUCUUUUAGUGAGUAUGUGCACAGUUCUUACUAAUGACAUUAACAUAAAUCACCUGUGUUGGUUCUCCUUAGUGCUGGACUGAAGGUGUCAUAAAAGCUGAAUCUAGUCAUAAAAAUCUCACAAUUUAGUGGAAUCAAAAGCAUAAAAACUUGACCCAAUCAACUGGUGGUUUAAUUUAAAUGUGCCCUAUGGAGUUAGUCUUGAGAUCUAACAGGUGUUGAAUGCAUUUUUUUCCUCACCAAACAUUUGCAAAAACAAAUAAAUUAAAUUCUGCAUUAUUGUUUGUAUCCAUGUAAUAGCUUGUUGACUUUGUCCCUGCUUUUACUGGCACAUUGUUGCAUUUCUUGGCACAUGUGUGUCUGUUUUGUUGUCUCUCGCUCAUAAAAAAACAAACUGCUCCAUAGCACCACUAGUGGUCAGAAACCCCACAGGGUACAUUUAAACUUCAGUCCAAUUAGUCAUAGAUUUUAAUCUUCCUUCGAAAACUGAUUUAGUUAUCACAAGAUUGGGUUCAGUCUAGGACUUUACUACAACAUAUCUGAAUCUUGUUGUAAAGGACACAUAAAAUUAUAGGUUUAAUUCCUGUUAAGGAAACUGGCCCAUACUGUCACAAAUGUAAUGUAAUGUCUAAGGUUUCACGACAAGUAGUUCCUAAUUGGAAAGUGCAAAAUCAAACCACGUGGGUGUCAUGUGUUUGAGUUUCCCCUGGUGUGUUAAAAGGCAUUUAUAUAAAAGAAUACACGGAAGGGCUUCAGGAGUUGUUACUAGAUGUUGCCAGUUGAAGCAUGGCUCUUAAUUUUAGUCAAACACCUUACUGACACGCCAAUAGGAUCUCAAGGUAGUAACAAAUGUGUAGAGUAGAAAAACACUGUAGCAAGUACCAAGAACAUAGCACCAAAUUUUAACACCGACAGCGUCUUGAUAGUGAUGUAACUUUACAGUAGCUGCUUGUGUAGUGCUUUGUCGUUACCCUGUGGAGUUGUGAGGAUGAAGCACGCAACAAAAAAAAAAAAAAAAUGAUGUCUAUCUAUGCCCGGAAAGUGUGCUGCUGCAUUACAGGGAUUGUUCAGGUGCUCAAGAAGGCUGCCUUACUUAACAGGAGCGAGGAAUCCUUUUUAGUCCAUCUAAACAGCACUUGCCUCUAUGUUUUGUUUUUGUUUUUAAGAUAUUGCUGGCAGAAUUUGUUUGUUAGCAUUGUUGCUGCAGAAAAAUCAUCUGCCAUGUAUCACCUGCUGUCUUCUUUGUUGACAACACGUUGUAGGUUACCAUUAACAAGGACUGAAGGACAUGAGUAUAGUAAUUAAAUUAUUAGCAAUCCUAAAAUUAAUCUGAGACUGGUAUUCUGGCCAGCAUUUGUUGAGUAGAGUACAUUUUUGAAAUGGAUUGAUUCUGGUGAUUUAUAAAUUCAAACGUAUAGUAUGUUGAGUCUUCAAAUGUUCAGUGAAGUCAUAGUAUUAUUUAUAAUAUUUUAAGUGAAUUUGACAAAAGGCUGUAGUUUUGUUGCCCGUAAUGGAAAAAGAAGGUGGCAAAGCUCAAAGGCCUCAGUAUAUAAAAUAUAUCAAAGGACUUCAGACUGAAAUAGCAGAACAUGACUCAUGACAAUCUAGUUUCCUGACUCUCAUUGCUGACAUCGAGAGAAUAUUUGGUUUGUCAUCUGCCGUCUAAAUUUAAUGGGAACAGCUGGUGAAAUGUGUCUUGAAGAGGCAAAAAUCUUCAAUUUGUUAUCGUAAAAGUGAA